CAAGUGGUUGAUGAGCAAAGGACAGGUGCUGACAUGGACAACAUAUGAUACACUUCUGCUCGCACUUCUUAUGGAUAAACGGGUAGAUGAAGCUGAGUCAGUUUGGAACACUGUAAUACAGACUCAUACCCGCUCAGUGCCCAAGAGGUUGUUCUCUCGGAUGAUCUUGAUCUACGACAUUCACCAGCGUCCAGAUAAAGUUUUGGAGAUAUUCGCGGAUAUGGAGGAAUUAGGUGUGCGUCCGGACGAGGAUACAACGAGACGGAUCGGAAAGGCAUUCGUGGCUUCCGGCCAAGAAGAAAAAGAGAAGCAUGUCCUAGAGAAAUACUUGAAGAAGUGGAAGUACAUCCAUUUCAACGGCGAGCGCGUUCGCGUGCGGAGGGACGGACCAUUGGUGUAGUGCCCGUUUUCUGAAAAAUGCUCGAACCUAUCAGAGUAUCGUGCCGGUAGGCGGUAGGGCAGGGGCGAAGCUGUUACUGCCGAUGUGACAGUCAGGCACAUGGAUAUCGGCACUAGUCCCUAUCCUAUGUGGAAUGGAACAGAAACUGGAGAUUGGUUCCAUGGCUCUAGCCUGUGGAGGAGACGAGCGGAUAGGGGGUGGCUGGCUACUACCGGCGAGAUAGUGAUUUAAUAGGCACUACAUAGGCGUCCAGUGAUUUUGAUGGCUUUAACUUGCGUAUGUGUCCGCGGAAUGGUCCCGUGCUAUUUUGGUGAUUUGUGCUUGUGAAAUUGUGAACACCCACUGGAAAGUGUGUAUCAUGAGAGGGACAAUACCUGACGGCUGGGUCCAUGUCUUGCUGAUUUCACGCAACGAACCAUUUUCUGUUUGUUGCGGUGCCCCGGGGUUUACGUACUUCUUCUAUUCUUUU